AUGGGGCAUAGCAAUGGGAAGCAUAAGGACCCGGAGCCCACAAGUCCUCCUCCGGCGACGACGAGUCCUCCGGCGACGACGAGUCCCCCGGCGACGACGAGUCCUCCGGCGACGACGAGUCCCCCGGCGACGACGAGUCCUCCGGCGACGACGAGUCCUCCGGCGACGACGAGUCCCCCGGCGACGACGAGUCCCCCGGCGACGACGAGUCCCCCGGCGACGACGAGUCCUCCGGCGACGACGAGUCCUCCGGCGACGACGAGUCCCCCGGCGACGACGAGUCCCCCGGCGACGACGAGUCCCCCGGCGACGACGAGUCCUCCGGCGACGACGAGUCCUCCGGCGACGACGAGUCCCCCGGCGACGAUGCCCACUUUUACGCCGAAAGGAACAAGGACGGGUACUCCAGCUCACACUGCGUCACCCACCUUAACGGAGGCUGAGAAAGGGACGGGCACUCCACCUCACACUGCGUCACCCACCCUAACGCAGACCGAGAAAGGGACGGGCACUCCACCUCACACUGCGUCACCCACCUUAACGGAGGCUGAGAAAGGGACGGGCACUCCAGCUCACACUGCGUCACCCACCUUAACGCAGACCGAGAAAGGGACGGGCACUCCAGCUCAAACUGCGUCACCCACCCUAACGGAGACCGAGAAAAGGACGGGCACUCCAGCUCAAACUGCGUCACCCACCUUAACGGAGACCGAGAAAAGGACGGGCACUCCAGCUCACACUGCGUCACCCACCUUAACGGAGGCUGAGAAAGGGACGGGCACUCCAGCUCACACUGCGUCACCCACCUUAACGGAGGCUGAGAAAGGGACGGGCACUCCAGCUCACACUGCGUCACCCACCUUAACGGAGGCUGAGAAAGGGACGGGCACUCCAGCUCAAACUGCGUCACCCACCUUAACGGAGGCUGAGAAAGGGACGGGCACUCCAGCUCACACUGCGUCACCCACCUUAACGGAGGCUGAGAAAGGGACGGGCACUCCAGCUUACACUGCGUCACCCACCUUAACGCAGACCGAGAAAAGGACGGGCACUCCAGCUUACACUGCGUCACCCACCUUAACGCAGACCGAGAAAAGGACGGGCACUCCAGCUCACACUGCGUCACCCACCUUAAUGGAGACCGAGAAAAGGACGGGCACUCCAGCUUACACUGCGUCACCCACCUUAACGGAGACCGAGAAAAGGACGGGCACUCCAGGUUACACUGCGUCACCCACCUUAACGCAGACCGAGAAAAGGACGGGCACUCCAGCUUACACUGCGUCACCCACCUUAACGGAGGCUGAGAAAGGGACGGGCACUCCAGCUUACACUGCGUCACCCACCUUAACGGAGACCGAGAAAAGGACGGGCACUCCAGGUUACACUGCGUCAUCCACCUUAACGGAGGCUGAGAAAAGGACGGGCACUCCAGCUUACACUGCGUCACCCACCUUAACGCAGACCGAGAAAAGGACGGGCACUCCAGGUUACACUGCGUCACCCACCUUAACGGAGACCGAGAAAAGGACGGGCACUCCAGCUCACACUGCGUCACCCACCCUAACACAGACCGAGAAAGGGACGGGCACUCCAGGUUACACUGCGUCACCCACCCUAACGCAGACCGAGAAAAGGACGGGCACUCCAGGUUACACUGCGUCACCCACCCUAACGCAGACCGAGAAAAGGACGGGCACUCCAGGUUACACUGCGUCAUCCACCUUAACGGAGACCGAGAAAAGGACGGGCACUCCAGGUUACACUGCGUCAUCCACCUUAACGGAGACCGAGAAAAGGACGGGCACUCCAGCUCAAACUGCGUCACCCACCCUAACGGAGACCGAGAAAAGGACGGGCACUCCAGCUCACACUGCGUCACCCACCCUAACGGAGACCGAGAAAAGGACGGGCACUCCAGCUCACACUGCGUUACCCACCCUAACACAGACCGAGAAAGGGACGGGCACUCCAGCUUACACUGCGUCACCCACCUUAACGGAGACCGAGAAAAGGACGGGCACUCCAGCUCACACUGCGUCACCCACCCUAACGGAGACCGAGAAAAGGACGGGCACUCCAGGUUACACUGCGUCACCCACCCUAACACAGACCGAGAAAAGGACAGCCACCCUAUCGAUGACGGUGCCUUCUCCCGAUCCUAUUCCUGGUGAUGAGUCUCGCGCUGAUCCUACGAAGAUUAUCCUUAUUGUUUGCAGCAUUUUCAUUGUAUUGUUUAUUUUUAUUAUUGUUGUGGUGAUUGUACGCCGCUUGCGUCGCAAAAAAAGGCAGGCAGGGAAUAGAACAUAUGGCGGCUCAGUUGGAAGUAGCCAUGGUGGUGUGCAGGGUGUCUCAAACCCCCUUGCCGGACCGCAGGAGCGGAGUGCAUACCAAAGUGUUGAGGAACCUUAUUUCUUUUCGUACAUGCCCGUACAACCUAUGUGGUUGGGUGGAGGGAAGGGAACAGAGGUUCUCUCAGUGGGACAGCGUUAUUCUUACCCUGAAACGCCUACACCGCCCGUGCGGAUAAGUCAAGGGAGGACACCACAGAUUGCAUCAGGGGGACAGCCUUAUUUUUAUCCUUACAUGCCCGCACCGCCCGUGCGGUUGAGUGAAGGAAGGAGGCCUGACCUUCUCUCAGAGGGCAACCGGGAGGCUUUCCGUAGCAUCAGGAUGCAUCAAAGAAAGUACAUGGAUCUCGAUGAAGCCACUCGAUUCCACUUUUUACGUCACGCAGAAACGGCGUCUGUGGAGUUUGGCCCCUUUGUGGACUCCGAUAGCGAUUGA